AGCGUGCGUAAAACCGAAUGAAGCUGCGCAUGCGUAUUUGUGUGGCUUGCUAGCCUUGGUUUGCGCUUACGGUUUGUUCAACAGGGGACUGUUCUUUAAAAAAUAAAUAAAAAACGCCUGGACUAUUAAAUUAUUGUCACAAAUGGCGAGGUACCUGCGACCCCCAAACUCUUCUCUUUUUGUCCGGAAUAUCUCCGAUGACUCCAGGCCAGAAGAUUUGCGGCGCGAGUUUGGUCGUUAUGGGCCAAUUGUAGACGUCUACAUUCCACUUGACUUCUAUACGCGCCGGCCAAGAGGAUUUGCUUACAUUCAGUUCGAAGAUGUCAGAGAUGCAGAAGACGCCCUCCACAACCUGGACCACAAGUGGGUCGCCGGGCGCCAGAUCGAGAUCCAGUUUGCCCAAGGAGACCGCAAGACUCCCAACCAGAUGAAGUCCAAAGAGCGGCACUCCCCCCGUAGCUUCUCCCGCUACGACGACGACGACCGCGACGGGCGCCGCAGACGCUCUCGCAGUCGCAGCUACGAGCGCCGCCGGUCUCGCAGCCCGUCGUACGAGCGCCGGCCGCGGCGGUCGGACAGCCCCAGAGACUCACGCUCCUACAGCCGACACAGACGCAGCAGAAGCCGUGAAAAUGACAAGCAUAAAGGCGGUCAGCACGAACGUCACAGGACCCAGCGUGAGGCCGGUUCUCGGAACCGUUCGUCAUCCCGCUCGCCGACCCACUCCAGACCCAAGGGCAGAAGGAGCCGAUCCCGUUCGCAUAGCCCCGCCACGCAGGAAGAAGAUUUUCACCUGGCCCCCGGCUCCCACGUUAAACGUUCCUUUGGCCGCUCCCCGUCGCGCUCUGGGUCGCGUUCUCUAUCCCGCUCGCGAUCGCGCUCCCGUUCUUGGGCAGAGUACAAGUCUGGAGGUCGCUAAAGUUCAGUAUAACAAGACCUUUUUGUGUGUGUGUGGGGUGUACAUUUGUUACUUGUUUUAUGGAAGCAGAUAUCAGUGAAAUACUUAUUUGUUUUGCUUUGUGCGUGUGUGGAGGGGCAGCAUAACGCUAAUGUAAAUAUACAUUUCAUACCGUACGUUAUUUUACGCAGUACCUCCACAACGCCACUAGGAGGCUGUAAGGCCGUAUUUGAAAACUCCAUCCACAAUUUGUACACCUGUUUAUGAAUUGCUCCUGUUGAAAACACAAAGGUGAUCAUUUUAGCAACCUAAUAUUUGCUUUCAAAACACAGUUGUCAUGGACCCAUGUAGGCAUUUACUUUCGAUAUAUUUUUAAAUGGAAAUAUACUGUUGUGAUGCAGAUGUGAGCAUGGCGACAGUUUGUAGUCAACCAUCUGUUCUUGUCGUUCAAUUAAAAAAAAAAAUGUAAAAUUGAAACUGUACUUUGAACAAUACCAAUAAAAUGAAAACUCAAGACACUCAAAUGGUUUAGGGGGGAAGGGGAAGGGAUUUUAUUUUUUUUUUUGUAAAAUUUCAUCUGCACAUAAGUGUGCUCGUUCCAAUUACUUUAACCAAUCAUUACUAAUCUUAAACGGGGCAUAUUUGUUUCACAUACAAUGACAUUUUCAGUAGGGACAAAUAAUUUCAAUCCAAUUAAUGACAAGUUCCAAAUUUAGCACAAGGAGAUUUUGCAACGCUCGACUUAACUGGAUGAACAAUUGUGGGACAAACAGG